AUAGCAGCUGAAAGCGUUUAUAACUGCUAAGACAUUAGCCGUGACCUUUUUUUAGCUAAUAUGUUUGUUUAUUAGAAAACAGCUUAAAUAUCUGGAAGUAGUUAAAAGCUAUUUGUGCUUUUCUUUCGGGUUCUUGUCUUUAUUGGUCUUUUUAUAAUAAAGAUUGCGUUUUUUUUACCAUAAAUAUAAGAUUGUGAGCUAAGCCAAGGGAUUGUUUUGGUUGUAUAUAAAGCUUGUAACGAUUUAGAGAUUGUAUGUUUUCUAUAGGAUCGUGAAUGUAUACUAACUAGUUCCCAUAAAUUUUGAGUAGAAACCUUAGCUCUGUGUUCAUUUAACUUGUGUCAACGUCUUGGUAAUGAAUGUGAAUGCAGUUAUAUGUCAAUUCAAUUUAGCUCAGCAUGUCUACGUUGUGUUGAAACUACUUCAGUAAAUCAGAUAUGUCUUCAGAAGAAGAGGAUCCAACCAGUCCCGUUCUGCCCAAAGAUUCAGACCGAGGCAGCUCUGUAUCCUCUGAUCUUCAGGACGAGUACGAGGAGCUCCUCCGCCAUGCUGUUGUCACCCCUAAGCUUGAGACACUUGCUGGUGGUCAAUCAAAGGGUCUGAAGUCACAGAGUAAAUGUGAUUCAAAGUCACAACACCAGCGAGCUGCUGCCAAAGAUGGAUGGUUGUCCAGCAGGAGUGAGCGAUCGUCACAGGCUUCACCUGUAAUCGCCAAGUCCUUUACACCUCUAAAAACCUCACACGCUGACAGAACAGCAGGUCAGUCAUCUAGCAGGCGGCCUGCGCUUUCAGAAAACGUCCCAUCUGAGAGGUCCGGGUCAAUCAGCCCAGAAGCCCUUCAUGAGUUUGCUGCCACAGAGAUAUUCAUUUCAGAGGAGAACAUCAACAAAAUGGAAAGUAUUCUGGACACAUGGAGUAGCAACCUGAAGUCUAAUGUGCUGACGGAGUUACGGAAGUGGAAGCUCACGUUCAUGGAGCAACACAAGGUGGAGAUGAAGAAGGAAAAGGAAAGGCACGCAACCCAGACAGCUGGUCUAAAGGCGGAGUUAGAGAGCCUGAAGGAGCUGCUACACACCUACGAGACAUCCAACCAGAGAAAAGAUCAGGUGAUUACGAAUCUGAGCCAGGUGUUGGACAGACAAAAAGAGAAGCUUGAGAAGAUGAGAUCCUUCAUGCACUGGAGACUUCAGCAUGCAGAGGCUAAAGAAGAAGCUCAUGCUGCUCAGGUAGCACAGCAGCACUACAACAUGCAGCUGAAGAAGAAGGUUUGGUUUGGCUGGCACGGUCUGAUCCAGAAACACUGGAAGGUCAUGGUGGAACGGGCUUGCCGUUCAAGAGCUGAAGAGGUCUGCACCAGGUUGUCCACAGAUUACGAGGCCAGGCUGGCAGAGCACUGCGAGGCUCUAGAAAAGGCUCAAACGGAGAUUCGGAGACUACAAGUAGAACGAGAGCGUUCUGAGGAGUCCAUGAAGAAAGCUUUCAUGAGGGGGGUGUGUGCUCUCAACAUGGAGACUCUCAGCAUGUUCCAGUCUGCAGAGGGUCGGCCGGAGCAGCUGCCUCUUCAUGAACAGCAUGAUGCUGAGGAUGAGCCUCGAUCAGCUUCGCUGGCUCACCUCCAGCCGUAUCCCUCCACCUCAACUAGGUUUAGUCCAAUCCACUUUGAUCAACCCGAACCUUCCUACAGGGAACAUGAAUAUAUUGUGGGUUCUAGAGCCCCCACAUCCCAGGAAGAGGUACUUCCUCCCACUACAGUGGUCCACAGCUCUCUCCCUCUUGGAGGCAUUGCAGGUUCCCACAAACAGGUCAGUAGUCGCGUCGUGACAGCAGGUCAACAAAAACCUUCAAAGACUGUGACCGCCCGCAUCACUGCACGGGCCGAUCUCGGUAAAUCCGCCCGCUCCAACCUCCAGGUGAUGGGUGUGGCUCCACCCAUAAGCUCUGUAGUCGUUGAACGCCACCAUCCUGUUACGCAGCUGACCGUGGGACAGGCCACAGCUGCCAAGUUUCCUCGAUCGUCCAAGCAGAGCCACACCUCUGCGGCAGCCAGAGGCUCCUCCAGAACCCACACCAACACGUGUCAUGUACACUCCAUCAAAGUAGUUGACUGAUCACAUAUUUGCAAUGUCUAAAUUCAGAAUUUACUGUAUUAAAUGUGAAAUUAUCCGGAUUUGUUGUUUUAUCAAAGCAAUAACCGAACUGAAUCUUGUCCUCUAAAUAACAAAUCCAUUAAAUUAGGCUUCUUUUUUUUCUAAAGCUGUGGGUGUUUCUCAGGAAAGUAGAACAUGCUUUAUUAUUAUUACUGAUUUAAAUGUUUGGAAUAGCAAAAAUGAGGGUUUUAAAUUAAGCAUGAUCAAAAGUGUGCUGUAAAAUCAAAUAUUUUAUUUACUAAACCAAACUCUUGUUUUUAAUAAAUUUAUUUUACUGCA